AUGGGGCACGAUCCGGUAGCAUUUUUGUUUGAAAAUUUGCAAGCUCACUACAAGCAUGACGAAAAGCAUGACGCAAAACUUGCACGUGCGAUAAUCGAUGCAAAGCAAAAGCACCCCCACGACGAAUUUUUUGUAAAGAUGGAGCAAAAACUGUUGACGACAUGGCAGGCAGAGGAAAAAGACGAGGGUCUAGUUUUCGAUCUUCUAGGAUUGGACAAGGUUGAGACUAACAUAUUUGCACUUCCGGCCAUGGAGACUUGGGUUUUGUACGUCCAAAAGUUAAAAGGGGAGAAAUGGAAGGUGGCCGUUUUGAAGUUUCUUCAAAGAAGUAAUUACGAUAUUCAUCAGGGCAACACGAUUGCAAACGCCAAGACUUCAGAUAUUGCUGCAAUGGUGGUGGUGCAAGCUUGGCUUCAGGAAGGAAAAGACGAUGCUGACGUAUUUGAACUUCUUGACGUGAUAAGUGAACCAAAUGGUAUCGAUCCUCGAUCUCUUCGUGUCUGGGCGUAUUUUGUAAAAAAGCUUAACGCUGCCACGUAUCGAGACAACAUUCCGGAUGAGGCUCGGUUGAUUACGCGCUUGCUGAAUUACGCAAAUGAAAGCGCUCUGGCAAGAGCGCUGGCAAAGUUGAAACAUAAAGAGCCUGAACAACACAUGUCCUUGUUCUUAACUCGCUUGCAAAACGAACAUUUUCAGCUGUGGAAGUCAAGAUACCAUGACAGGGAGAAGGUUAAACAGUACUUGGUUGACAAUCAUAUCAAUGAUGAGAGCGUUCAAAUGAUUAUGGUGGACUACGACCUUUUUCUUAAGGGCUCUUGA